AUGGAGGUGGGCGCAGGAGAACCUGUGUCCCGAGAGAAGCUUUGCUACCAGAUGGUGGUGUUAGUUGUGUUGCUGCUUCUGCUCCCUCACAUGGCAUGUGAAGGGGAUGCUGAGAAGUGCCCCACCAAUGACCCCCUCCCUGUUCCACAUGAGUGGUAUCAGCCAGGUGACCUCAUCAUCGGUGGGAUGACUUCUCAAGUCCUUUAUGUGUUCCACAAACCUUCCUUUGAGGAACACCCUUCUCAGAAGCUUUUUGACAUCCCCAUCGUGGUGACCAAGUUCUACCAGCACAUGGUGUCCUUGGCAUUUGCCAUAAAUGAGAUCAACGAGAAUCCCAUGAUUUUGUCCAACAUCUCACUUGGCUUCCAUGUCUGUGACAGUUACUAUGAUGCGAGGAUGACCUACCGGACGACUCUGGAGCUGCUCUUCAAAUUACACCAAUUUGUCCCCAACUACAAAUGUGACAGUGAGAAAAACCUCAUAGCCAUCAUCGGGGGACUUGGCUCGGAUAUCUCUUUCCACAUGGCAGAUGUCUUAGGCCAUUACAAGAUUCCACAGCUCACAUAUGGCUCAUUUGCCUCAGAAGACAGAGAUACUCGUCAGUCCCCAUCCUUUUACCGCAUGGCCCCAAAUGAAGCCCAGCAGUACAUGGGAAUUAUCCAUUUGCUGAAGCAUUUUGGGUGGAUGUGGGUUGGGCUAUAUGCUGUGAAUGAUGAGAGUGGAGAACAUUUCUUGCAGGCUCUGGAGUCCCUGUUUUCCCAGCAUGGGUUGUGCGCCGCAUUCAUAGAAAGAGUUCCGAGACAAAUCUAUUUGACCAACAUCUUUGAGAUCAACGACAUGGUCUUAAAUGCUUACCGACCGGUUACAGAUGCUAAAGUCAAUACAUGUGUCCUCUAUGGAGAAACUUUCACCAUUUUAUGGCUGAGCUAUUUUAUGCUUCUUGGAAAUCCUGGACACCAACAAGAUGCAUCUGAUGGAAAGGUGUGGAUCAUGACCGGCCAGAUUGACUUUGCUUUAACUAGAAUUCAGUCGCUCUCGGAUCUGCAAGUGUUCCAAGGUGCCAUCUCCUUCACGAUUCACUCCACUGGAGAAACCAUGUCUUUUAAUGAGAACAAAGAAAUGAGAGCCGGCUUUGAUAUCAUGAACCUGGUCACAUUCCCAAACGACUCCAUCUUCAGAAGGAAAGUUGGAAGAGUGGAUAGCAGUGACCUCGAAGGACAAGAAUUUGUCAUUCAUGAGGAUAUGAUUGUGUGGCCCAGGCAUUUUAACCAGGUGCUGCCAGUUUCUUUGUGUAGUAGCUCCUGUCACCCUGGUUAUCAGAAAAAAAAGAGGGAAGGGGAGAAAUUUUGCUGCUAUGAUUGUAUUCCAUGCCCAGAAGGGAAAAUUUCAAAUCAGAAGGAUAUGGGUGACUGUAUCAAGUGUCCAGAAGAUCAAUAUCCAACCGAGGGUCAAAACCAGUGCAUUCCCAAGACAAUCAGCUUCCUCACUUAUGAAGAACCUCUUGGGAUCGGUUUAGCCUUACUCGCUAUUUCUUUUUCCCUGAUCACAACCUUAGUGCUAGGAACUUUCGUCAAGCACAAAGAUACCCCCAUUGUCAAAGCCAAUAACCGCAAUGUCACCUCUGCUCUCCUGAUCUCCCUCCUGCUCUGCUUCCUCUGUUCCUUGCUGUUUAUUGGACAACCUCAGACGGUGACCUGCUUCCUCCGCCAAUCUGCGUUCGGCAUCAUCUUCUCAGUGGCUGUUUCUUGUGUGCUGGCCAAAACCGUCACUGUUUUCCUGGCAUUCAUGGCCACCAAGCCAGGCUCCAGCAUGAGGAAGUGGGUGGGAAAAAGACUGGCCAACUCCAUUAUCCUUUCCUGCUCAUUUAUUCAAAUUAGUAUUUGCAUGGUGUGGCUAGGAACUUCUCCCCCUUUCCCAGACUCUGACACUCAAUCCCUGACUAAACAAAUCAUAGUAGAAUGUAAUGAAGGGUCUGUUGUCAUGUUCUACAUCGUUUUGGGCUAUAUGGGCUUUCUGUCGAUCAUCAGCUUGACUGUGGCUUUCCUAGCCAGGAAGCUGCCAGACAGUUUCAAUGAAGCCAAGUUCAUCACCUUCAGUAUGUUCAUAUUUUGCAGUGUUUGGGUGUCUUUUGUUCCGACCUAUCUGAGUACCAAAGGGAAAUACAUGGUGGCUGUGGAGAUCUUCUCUAUCUUGGCCUCCAGUGCUGGAUUACUAGCAUGUAUCUUCUUUCCUAAAUGCUACAUUAUUCUUCUCAGACCAGAAUUAAACAGCAGGGAAAGGUUAAUUAGGAGGAAGGAUUAA